UACACGGCGAUAGCUGAUUGGUUAAACUCGAUAACCCCGCACGGCGAUUGGCCCGUGAUGCCGGUGGACAGUAUUAUUAUUAUACAGCUGCAUCGCACACAGAACGAGCUAGAAAUCCAGAUGGGGCGAGGUUAGCACUGAAUAUCACUUAGAUUCUUUAUGUUACUGAAGUUAAUCAUCGCUUGAGGUUUAGUUUGCGUGUUUGUGAGACAGAAAGAGACGAGAGGAAGCUAAAGCCUCUUCUUUGCACGUAGGGGGAAAAACACCUGCAACGGCAUCAUGUCCUGCACAUCGCUGCUGUUCCUCCUCCUGGUGUUCUCUGUUGACCUGUCCAUGCUGAGCGUGCAGGCGGGGCCCUGCCAGAGCUGCCGCAAACUCACAGAGAACUUCAUCAAGGGUCUGGAGCGAACAGCCAAUAAAAACUUUGGUGGUGGGAACACAGCUUGGGAAGAGGAGAAGCUUGCAAAAUACGCUCGCAGUGAAACCCGCUUGCUGGAGAUCGUAGAGACAGCAUGUGAGAAAAAUGACUUUGAAUGUAACAAACUGUUGGAACAGAUCGAGGACCAGGUCGAGACAUGGUGGUUCCACAGACAACAGGAAGCACCUGACUUGUUUGAGUGGUUGUGUAUCGAAGAGCUCCGGCUUUGCUGCCCUGCGGGUCGCUUCGGACCAGAAUGUGCAGAAUGCCCCUCAGGUCCCGGCGGUGUGUGUGGAGGUCUUGGGCGCUGUGAGGGAGAGGGAACACGUUUGGGAGAUGGAGAGUGUGUGUGUGACCCUGGUUAUUCAGGGCCUUUGUGUCAGGACUGUGCAGACGGAUAUUAUAGAGAAAAGAGCUCCAAUCACUCGCAGCCGCCCUGCUCAGCCUGCUAUUACUCCUGUAAAAAGUGUUCUGGUCCACAAGAUUACAAGUGUCUGGACUGCAAGCCUGGCUGGAUCCUUCAUGACAACAAGUGUGUGGAUGUGGACGAGUGCGGCACAGAGUUGGCUCGCUGCUCUUCCAACACUUACUGUUUCAACACCGACGGCUCGUAUGAAUGCAGAGGAUGUGAUCAGGCGUGUGUAGGAUGCAUGGGCAGCGGUCCGGCUCGCUGUAAGAAAUGCGCCCGAGGCUACAGACUGAUGGGAGCGAAGUGUCUCGAUGUGGAUGAGUGUAAGGAGAAAGCAAUAGCCUGUCCUGGACUGAACGAAGCUUGUAUCAAUGAAGAGGGUUCAUUCCGAUGCGAAUGUGCAGAGGGGUUCAUACGCAGAGACAGCAUCUGUGUGGAGAACCUGCCACCCACCGACCCAGAUAAAGGUUUAUUCGACGACAUGACGGACGACGAGGUGCUCGUCCUUCAGCAGAUGUUUUUCGGCGUGGUGAUCUGCGCCUUAGCCACUCUAGCUGCUAAAGGAGACAUGGUCUUCACUGCCAUCUUUAUAGGGGGUAUAGCUGCCAUGGCUGGCUACUGGCUCUCGGAGAAAGGCGACCGAAUGCUGGACGGUAUUCUCAAAGGACGUUAAAACCCAUUCAAAUCUCAGGAACUAAAAGGCGAGGACAGAUCAGUGAACGGUACACGAGCCUAUCAGGUGAAGCUUGAAGAAAGGGGAGGGGCUGGGAGGUCAAACGGCGACGCGGCGCGAGAGAAGGUCGUCGGGUUUCUCGCACCAUCGCUGCGUCAAGGGCCGAGCAACGAAACGUUCAGACUAUGCCAUGAUUUGUACUCCGCCCUUUUAUAUGCACUGUACAAUUUGUCUGCUGCGCUGCUAUAAGAGACUUUACAUAGAUACGUUUUUAUGACGCGAUCCGGAUUUCGGAAAGGGGUUGCACGAAAGCUUGGCACGUUCUAGAAUAUAUUUAUUGUAUGUGUGUCUCAGGAGAAAGGGCAGCCGUAUAACAUAAAGCUAAAUCUUUCUCUCAUUUUAGUUUCCCUGCAGCCUGCGACUUCGACGCUUUUCCGUUUAUUCGGUUUAGAUUACGGAUUAAAUGAUUUGGGACGCUUUUCGUAAGCUUUACGAUCCUAAUGAUGACCGGCCACUUGUAACUGGCAUGGCUUAAAGUUCAUUAAGAAUUAAAGCUCCACCCCUAAUAUAGACAAAGCAAAAAGAAAAAUCUUUUAACGAAAUUUAGAUUGCAUACAAAGAACAUUUGUAUGCAUAAUUAUUCUUUUUUUUUCGUUCUACUUUAUCCUACACACAUUAAUAUAAACGGCAUGAACACUUUACCUACGAAGGAUAUUUAUACAGUCUGCACAGAAAUAUUGUAAACGUAUGAGAAAAUUUCAUUCAAUCAUUUCGCUUGUUUUAAAUUUUUUUUUUUAUUAAGCAGCAGCAGUAGGGACUAUACUAUUUAUUAAUGUAUUUAUUUAACUAUUUAUUUAUCUAUUUAUAUUAUGUAUUUUUUACAAAGGUUUAGUAGAUCGCCCUUCAUUUGCUUCUGUUUCUGAUCUGCAUUUAUUUAUUAAUUAGAAUUUAUAAGAGAACAUAACUUUUUUUUUCCAUAGGCAGAUGCGCUGUAUGUGAUUUAUCUAUUUAUUUAUUAGAAGCUUGGGGGAGGGGGUAAAAAUCCGCUAACUAUUAGACCUAUACCUGUGUGAAAUCGGCAACCAUUAAAAAACCAACAGGAAUGACUAUUAUAUUAUAUACACUAUAUAGAUCAAAGUAUUUUAUGGACCCCUGAGCGUAAGAUUUGUAUGUGCUUUUUUAAACAUCCCAUUUUACAUUUGGUCCCAAUUUGUUUGUAUACGUUGGGAAGAUGUUCCACUGGAUUUUGGAGUGUGAUUGUGGACAUUAGUGUUCAUUCAGUCACAGGGCUGUUAGUAAAGUCAGGUACUGAUGUAGGGUGAGGAGGCCUGGGGUGCAGUCAGGGUUCCAAUUCAUCUCAAUGGUGUUAAAUAGGGUUCUCAAGAUCUUCCAGUCUAACCCAUUUAAAGCAGAUCUUCCUCUAGCUCUUCGUGCCAGCCCGGUCUCACAGCAUAUCGUGAUAUAGUCACUAAAUUUAAUCAGUUGUUUCGUGUUCGUAGAGCAAAUUUACCUCUUUUUUGUGUCACUGAGGACGACUUUCUAAUGUAAGGUAUUUAAAUAGGAAGUAUUUUGUAUUCUAAGCACCAUUACUCAACAUUUAACUAGGAGACUUGAUCCUUGUUUUAUUGAUUUAUAUUUGGUGAGCUACUCGCUAUUAUAAACCAUCAUCAGUGGAUCCUUCCAGUCAAAAUACAGUAAAUAUAUUCUCCCAGUUAAUUACAGACGCCUACAUUCCUUACACUAUAAACCCAACCCUUAUUCUAACCUUAACCCUAAUUGUAUAUUUUCUCACUUAUUCUCUGAUAAAAAUGGAGAAAAAAGAUUACCUUUGGCGUUUCUGUCAGCAUUGACCAUAAUCCUCUGCCUUCGUUGCUAUGGAGACGGAGCCAGACGGAAGCAGUCGUUGCUGAGUGACACGAAAUAAGAGGGAAAUCCGUGUCCAAGAACACGAAUUAAUAGAUUAAAGUUUGUGACUUUAAUCACGAAAUCAUGCUGGAACAUGUUUGGGUCUUCUACCAUCCAAAAACCCCCCAUAUAUUUGUGUCUGAUGUCUCAAUACGUAAGUCCAUAUUCUUUAAUCCUUUCUUUCAACUUCUCCCGUUAGGGGUCGCCACAGCGGACCAUCCGCAUGUUUGAUUUGGCACGUUUUUAUGCUGGAUGCCCUUCCUAACGCAACCCUCCCCAUUUAUCCGGGCUUGGGACCGGCACUAAGGCUU